AUGGCGCAAGAUCUCGCGGUCGACGGUCGCGAAGACCUGCAUCCCGUUGGUGAGGGCGAUCUGAAUGAGAAUGGAGCUAAGGAUGAUGCUGCUUUGCUGCAAACCAUGGGAUAUAAGCCGGUGCUUCAUCGGACUUACACGCUCUUUGAGAACUUUGCGACUACUUUUGCUGCGCUUUACUUCGUUGGUGGUGUGCGCGUCACCUACAGUACCGGUAUCGCGGCAGGUGGAAACCUAGCCUAUUGGACUAGUUACCUCGUCACCCUGGUCUUCACUUUCAUCACGGCAGCCGUAAUUGCCGAGGUUUGCUCGGCUUCUCCAUCUGCGGGUUCGAUUUACCUCUGGGCGGCGGAAGCCGGCGGCCCUCGUUAUGGCCGUCUGCUGGGAUUCAUUGUUGCUUGGUGGAGUACCACAGCAUGGACCACCUUCUGUGCUAGUAACACCCAAGCUGCUGCGAACUAUAUGCUUGCUGAACUCACUGUCUUUAACGUUGAUUUCCCCAAAGACACUGACAGUGUUAAAUUCCGCGCUGUGCAAUGGAUUUGUACUGAAGUUUUGCUUGCUCUGGCUGCCCUUCUGAACUUCAUGCCUCCUCGCUACUUCAAGUAUGUCUUCUGGGUAUCCGCUGGGUUCGUCAUGUUGGACUUCUUCCUCAAUCUUAUCUGGUUGCCCAUCGGUGCUGCCAACACAUGGGGUUUCCGCUCCACCCACGAGGCUUUCAUGACAACCUACAACGGAACGGGCGCCCCCGAUGGCUGGAACUGGUGUCUGUCUUACCUGGCCACGGCCGGUAUUCUGAUCGGUUUCGAUGCCUCUGGUCACGUUGCUGAAGAGACUAAGAAUGCAUCCAUCACUGCGGCCCGCGGUAUCUUCUGGAGCACCGUCGCUAGUGGUAUUGGUGGCCUGGCUACCAUUAUCCUCUUCUUGUUCUGUGCGCCUACCGCCGACGUGCUCAUGGGCUUCGGAUCCCCGCAGCCUUUCGUGCCAUUAUACGCGGUUGUUUUGGGUAAGGGCGGUCACGUCUUCAUGAAUAUUGUGUGCAUUGUCGCUCUUUGGCUGAACACUGCUAUUGCCAUCAUUGCCGCCUCUCGUCUCGUCUUUGCCGUCGCCCGUGAUGGUGUCCUCCCAUUCUCGGGCUGGGUGUCCAAAAUCCACGACGGCCAGCCGCGCAAUGCCGUUAUCGUAGUUUGGGGUGUCGCGGCCCUUGUCACUUGCACCAUCCUGCCCUCCAACGUGGCUUUCACUUCCCUCGUUUCAGCAGCCGGUGUUCCCAGCGCCGCCGCCUACGGUCUCAUCUGCCUCGGUCGCCUAUUCUGUACCCCUACGCGCUUCCCCAAGCCGCAAUGGAGUCUUGGUCGCUGGAGCAAGCCCUUCCAGUUCAUCGGUGUUUUCUGGAACGGAUGGGUCGUGGCUGUCUUGUUCUCGCCAUAUGAGUGGCCCGUUACCGGAGCUAACCUUAAUUAUGCUCCUAUCAUCAUGGGAGGUGUCACCAUCAUUGCAUUGGUCUGCUACUUCAUCAUGCCAGAAAGCGCCUGGCUCCCGAAUGAGCGGAUCACGCAUUUCAUCGACUCGAAGGGUGCCACCGAGACGGUCGAGGAGUUUGAAUCCUCGACCCACGAGCCAAAUGCCGACCGAACGUGA